UUAACCUUUUUGUCCUCUUCUCUUCUCUUCUCUUCUCUUCUUUCCUCUUCUUUCCUCUUCUUUCCUCUCUUUUCUCUUCUCUUAUUUUCUUCUUGUCCAACCCCACAUUCUCCUGAAAUAAAAUUUUCUCUCCCAAUCCCUAUUAACUGAUCCGCAGUCAGUCACUCAAGCCAUUCAAGCAGUCAGUCAAGCAAGUCUCCCCCCAGCACCCGAGUAUAUCCCAUAAUCCGUCCUCUUUCAAUCCCAGAGAUGCAGCACCAACAUUCACCAUAUAACCAUCAUCAACAUCAACAUCAACAUCAUCAACAUCAUCAACAUCAUUAUCAGUCGCCUACACAACACUCGCAAUCUUCACAAUCUUCACAAUCGCAAUACGGAUAUCAACAGACACCUCGUCAACAUUAUAAUCAUCAAGAUCUCUAUAAACAGGGCUCUACCCGUGAGCAACAAUAUCAGCAACAACAAUAUCAACAAUACCAACAUGCAGUACAACAACAGCAACAUCCUCCUCAAAACCCUGCAGUAAUCCAGAGUUCAUUAAAGGCUUGGUUUGAUGCGGUUGAUACGGAUCGUUCUGGAAAUCUGUCAUGUGAAGAGUUGCAACGUGCGCUUAUGAAUGGUGACUGGACACCCUUCAAUGUGGAGACUGUGCGUUUGAUGAUGAACAUGUUUGACAGGGAUAACGACGGCACAAUCUCAUUUAAUGAAUUCAUCGGAUUAUGGAACUACAUUGAGAAAUGGAAGGCUUGUUUCCAGACCUAUGAUCUUGAUGGAUCCGGGACCAUCGACACACAUGAACUCCACAAGGCCCUCCGUGGCUUUGGUUACAACCUCAGCGAAGCUAUCGUCCAGUUGAUCGUCACCAAAUACGAUGUCCGGGGCCAAGGUGAUAUCAGCUUUGAUAACUUUGUCCAAUCUUGUGUCACCGUCCAGACCUUGACCGAUGCCUUCAGGAGGAUCGAUGUCGCAGGCACAGGCGUCGUCACCAUGACUUAUGAACAGUUCCUGGGCUUAGUCAUUAACAACCGCUAAGAAUACCCCCCCAUUUCCUCUAUAAAUCAUAUUUUUAUAUUGAUUUAAUUAUUUUAAUUAAAUGUAUAUUUUGACUUUUUUUCUCAAAUGGUCGCCAAUAACGAUAGCAUAGCGUUAAAGCCUUGCAAUCUCAUAUUGCUGCUUCUGAAGAACCUCUUCUUGUUCUGCCUUUUCAAUGGCUUUAAUAAGAUCAUAAGCUGUGCCCCAACUUGAUUGGAAUC